AGCAGUAUACCGAGGUGCAAGAGGUGUUUACACUCUUAUGUGGAUGAGAAUAAAUAAAGAUACUGUGCCGAAGAUCUUCACAAGAGUGGCAAAGAAACACCCUAACAAAGUAGCCCUAUAUUAUGAAGACGAAGCGUGGACAUUUCAGCAGCUAGAAGAUUUCAGCAAUAAAGUGGCAAACUAUUUCAUAGCUUGUGGCUACAAAAAAGGUGACAAUGUUGCUUUUUUACUCGAUAAUAGACCCGAAUAUCCAGGUAUAUGGCUUGGUCUCUCGAAAGCAGGUAUUGUAACAGCACUGCUGAAUACGAAUCUCAAAUCUGGACCGUUGCACCAUAGUAUAUCAGCUGCUGACUGCANAUUCAGAUCAAAUAUGAAGUCAG